CAUAUCAAUCUUGUUUUUUCUCUCUUAACAUCCAUAAUAACAAAAUGGAUAAUAACACAAAAUUAAUUUUUCCUCUUUGUUCAUUAUUUUUGCUAAUUUGUGUUCCAAUAAAAAUUCCAUUAAGUGAUUCUAACAUCGAUGAUUUCAACGCUUAUUUAUCAAGAUAUAACAAAACUUACAAUGAAACGGAGUACCAAAAAAGAUUAAAUGUGUUUGUAACCUCAAAGAAAAUGAUUGCGGAAUUAAAUUCAAAAAGGAAUAAUCCCGAUUCGGCUUAUUACGGAGUAACAAAAUAUUCGGAUUUGUUACCAAUCGAAUUUUUAGUAAGUAACUUGAUGAUAAAAAAAGGGGAACAACCGAAAUUUAAAGAUUGGUUGGAAAAACACAAAAAAGAAAUCCCUCUAAAAGUUGAUUGGCGUGAAAAGGACGUUUUAUCGCCGGUUUAUAAUCAAAAGAAUUGCGGUGGGUGUUGGGCUUUUACCACCAUUGAAACUGUUGAAUCUCUUGAAGCUAUAAAAAAUGGUAAAUUGGAUAAGUUAAGUAUUCAACAAAUGAUUGAUUGCUCCACAACUAAUAAUGGUUGUAAAGGUGGAGAUAUGUGCACUUUACUUGACGAAGUAGUUGAAAGCAAUCUCAAAAUUGUGAAAGAUAUCGAGUACCCGUUAAAUUACCUUAAAAGCGAGUGUAAAAUUAAUUCCACAAAAGACGGGGUUACCAUAAAAAAUUUUAAAUGCGAAUUUUUGGGUAACCACGAAGACAUUAUUUUACAUUAUUUAGCCAACUUUGGACCUGUAAGUGCUGCUGUUAACGCAGGGUCGUGGCAACACUAUUUAGGUGGAAUCAUUCAAUAUCAUUGUGAUUCAUCACCGUUUCUUAUGAAUCACGCAGUACAAAUUGUCGGGUACGAUAUUAGUGGGUCAAUUCCUUUUUAUAUCGUUCGGAAUUCUUGGGGGACCGAUUUUGGAGAAAAUGGUUAUUUAAAAAUUGUAAUGGGGAAGAAUAUGUGUGGUAUUGCUAAUAAAGUUGUUAGCAUUUCUAUUUGAAUUUUUAUUUAAACAGAUUUUUGUCAUCAAAGGCUGUGUUAAUGAAUUUAUAAAAAAAAAAUAUUUGAAUGAUAUAAUAAAGCCAGUUUAAGACAAAACAAAA